CUCCCACGCCGCUCCCACCCAUCACUCUCCGCCAGCCCUCGUGACACCCGCACCUGCACCCACGUCCGCCAGCCACACCGCCCACCAUGGCUCCUCCUUUCGAUGGAAAAUUCCUCCUGGAGACUUCUGAGAACUUCGAGGAGUUCAUGAAGGCACUUGGUGUUGGAAUCAUGCUGAGGAAGCUUGGCUCCAGCAGCAAGCCUACCGUAGAGUUCUCCGUGGGCGACGACGGGACGUGGGUCAUGAAAACAGUCUCCACCCUGAAGACCACCGAAGUCAAAUUCAAGCUGGGAGAAGAAAUUACCGAAACCACACUCGACGGCCGGGAAUGUAAGACGGUGUUCACGCUGGAAGGGAAUAAGCUGACCCAGAUGCAAAACGCGCUGAAGGGCAAGAGUGCGAAGUACGUGAGGGAAUUCAACGAUAAUGAGAUGAUCACGAUAGCGGAGUGUGAUGGCGUGGUGUCAAAGCGUACCUACAAGCGACAGUAAGCUCACCAACACCCGAGUCACUACAAGCUUAAUGAAACAGCAGCUGGAGUCAGGACUAAUAAUCAAAUGCAAACUACUAAUAAUAAUAAUCAGAAUGCCAUCCUCAUGGACAACACAAUAACAACAAUGUGCUCUUUUAUGUAGUAUGAAGGAUAAAAUAUAACUUUAAAAUAUA